AUAGAAAUGGAUAAGAAGAGAGUUAAAAAGGAAAGAGCCAAGAAGGAACAGACCCUCAGCGCCAAGGAGCGAUCAAAGAUCCACAGAGAGAGAAAGAAGAAGUACUAUGAAGACCUUGAAAGGAGGGUGCAUGAAUUAGAGGAGGAAAACAGAAAGUUGAAGGCAACAAUACAAGCUUCCUCUAAUGCCUCUCCAACAAAUGACCCUUUAGCUCAACUUUAUCGAGAAGAGAACUUCAUGUACUGAAGCUUGCCAAAGAUCAUAAGACAAAACCCAGACCAGUUCAGGAUGUCGAUGUUUGAGACGUAUCGAAAUUCAGAAGGACCCCAUGGAUCUUGCAGAGUACAAGUUCUUAAGAACUCUUUCAACAAGAUUAUAAACAACUGAAUGUCACUAAAUUACAAGGUUUCUCUUGCUAUAUUGAACCACUUCGAAUCAAAGAAGAUUUUCGAAAUUGCAAGAGAUAAAACCAGGAAUGAUCGAAGUCAGUAUAAAUAUUAUAGAGCUGACUCAAAAGACCAGAACCUGACUAAAGAAAGCAGUGAUGAUUCUGAGAAUAAAUCAAGCCAUCGGAAAAUAAUUGAAACACUGCUUUACAAAUACUCUUUUUCUGAAAAAUUGAUUGAACGGUGGAUCAAUAUUUCUUCUAAAACAGAGAAAUUCUGAUUCACAAUGAGAAAGUUAGUUAAGUCUCUCAUAAGAGUCAGAAACAAAAUGUUUACAGCUAUGAAAGAAGCCCAUGAAAUAUUUUUUGAAAAUAAAAUGUACGAGGGUUUUAACAAGGAAGAUGUGGCAAACUACUAUUCCCUUAGUAAUGAUUUCAAGGGGACCGAAGUCCUUGAUCCUUUGCACUUAUUCCAGCUCAACCCUAAAUCCCCAGAUGCUGAGGACUACAAAAACGACGAAAUCUCUUGAACAGAGGAUUAAUCUCCCUUAUAAAGGACUUUGGCUUAAUAAUUACAGCUGCUCCUAUUGAGGGUCGACUAAUAUAGUUUUGGAAUAUUC